GCAGUGGCCCUGCCUCAGGACUACGAGUGUGGUGCUCCUGCAGAAGGAGCACAAGCCCUGGCUUUCCCUAGGAUCCGUGCCCCAGCUUCCGUGCCCUGUGCUGGUGACAGGGACCAGCUCUCCGACCAGCACCUACGAGCCAAGCGGGCCAGGGUGGAGAGCAUCAUCCAAGGCAUGAGCCUCCCACCAAUCCCCUCGGAAUUUGGCACCAGCUUGGAGGCAGCUUUUGGGCACGAGAAGGAGAGGGGUGGCGAGAUGCCCCGGGAGAGCAAGAGGAAGCCGAGGAUCCAGGAGGCGCUAACCCCCGGCCACCUGAAGAAGGCCAAGCUGAUGUUUUUCUUCACCCGCUACCCCAGCUCCACUCUACUGAAAACCUACUUCCUUGACGUGCAGUUCAGCCGCUGCAUCACCUCCCAGCUCAUCAAGUGGUUCAGCAAUUUCCGAGAAUUUUACUACAUCCAGGUGGAGAAGUUUGCCCGGCAGGCCCUGCUGGAGGGCGUCGCAGAUGCUGGUACCCUCCGAGUCUCCCGGGACUCAGAGCUCUUCCGUGCCCUCAACACGCACUAUAACAAGGGAAAUGACUUUGAG